UUCAUCUUCUGAGGUUCGGCCGGGCACAAUGGAGAGUCUGCACAUUUCCAUCAUACAUAUCAUAUUCUUUACAAAUUUGCUCCUUCUUGAGGAAUGCUUGUCGGCUCCUGCACAGCAGCUCCAGAGCCCUGCUCCUGUUCCGUCUCACUGCCAGGAGGAGGUGCUGUGGCUGCGCUCCCAGGUGCUCUCACUGGAACAGACUUUAGUAACCCAGCACCAGUAUGUCCAGCACCUGCAGAACCAGCUGAGUCAGGCCGGCACAGGCCAUCAUCAGGACCGAGGGGAUGACAUCUCCCAGAGCUCUAAGCUUCAGCCCCACGCAGCCAAUCAAACAGAGUAUACAGAUUGUUCUCAGGUGUUUGAGGAUGGGAACCUGGUCAGUGGAGCGUACAUGAUCAAACCUAAAGACUCCCCGUUCUCCAUGAUGGUGUUCUGUGACAUGAGUGAUGGUGGAGGAUGGACUGUGUUUCAGAGGAGGAAAGAUGGCCAUGAGUCUUUUGACAGGACCUGGGUGGAGUAUAAGCAUGGCUUUGGGGAUCUCCUUUCCAAUGAUGGGGAAUUCUGGUUGGGAAAUGACCCCUUACACUACCUCACAUCACAGAACAACUAUAAACUCAGGAUAAAAAUGCAGGAUGUUGAUGGUAUCCCACGCUUCGCUGACUAUAACAAUGUGAGAGUGGGGGAUGAAAAGAACGAGUAUGAGCUGCAGGUGGGUGACUACAGUGGAAAUGCAAGUGAUGCUCUGGCUGAUGCACACCCCCAUCCUCAAGCCCAGUGGUACGACCCGCAAGGCAACAGCCACCAAGGAGUGAAGUUCAGCACACCUGACCACAACAACUACGAGGAGGAUCCUGAGUGCAUUCAGCAAGAUCAGUCUGGCUGGUGGUUCAGCAGGUGCCACUCGGGUAAUUUGAAUGGACGGCACUAUACUGGCCCCUAUCAGGCCAUGACGGAUGAUGGACUGGUAUGGUACACCUGGCAUGGAUACUGGUACACCAUCAAGUCUGUUGUCAUGAUGAUAAGGCCGGAAGCAUUUGAAAUGCCUGAAGAAGAGCAAGACAAGAACGAACAGAAAUAGCCAGAAUCACUGUUGUUGUUAUUUCGUUAUUUAGACAAUAGAAAAUAAAUAACCCUGCAUCUAUUCGGUAAAUAAUUACAUGUAAAUAAAUAAAUCCCAAAUAGAAGGUAUCCAAAUUGUCUACUGAAUGAAGUAAAUACAAUCUUUGAUUAA